ACACUGCAUGAUGAGUCCAAACAACAACAAAUCGCUAAAAUUGCUAAAAUAACAAACAAAACAUCGAAACGGAAACGUAAAAACGAAGAAUCCCCGUGUCAAACCUCAGCCUGCAAACUGCCAGUGCAGCCACCGCCAAAUCUGCACCAUAACCACCCAGAAAAGAGGCCAAAUCCACCUUCAAUGUGCUGCAGUGCCGCAUUUCCACUGAUCCCGCUGCUGCUCCUCAUCCUCUCAUUCGCCGCCAGAACACACGAGGUGAAUGUCGAUUGCAACGAGCUGCGGAUGAUGGGCCAGUUCAUGUGCCCGGAUCCCGCCCGGAACCACAUCGAUCCCAAAACGCAGCAGUUGAGAGGUUGCACGAAGGAGGGCCGCGCCCGCGUUUGGUGCAUCGCCGCUGACGAAAUAAACUGCACGGAAACGGGCAACGCCACCUUCACUCGCGAAGUGCCCUGCAAGUGGACGAAUGGCUACCACCUGGACACCACGUUGCUACUGUCCGUUUUCCUGGGCAUGUUUGGCGUGGACCGUUUCUACCUCGGCUACCCAGGCAUCGGUCUGCUCAAGUUCUGUACCCUCGGCGGCAUGUUCCUGGGCCAGCUCAUUGACAUUGUGCUGAUUGCCCUGCAGGUUGUGGGCCCGGCGGAUGGAUCCGCCUAUGUUAUACCCUACUACGGUGCCGGCAUUCACAUUGUGCGCAGCGACAACACCACGUAUCGGAUGCCCAGGAAUGACUGGUGAUGGUUAAGGCGGCACAGCGCCUUGUGUACAGUAGAUCACUUUAAGUCUUUGUUAUACCUUAAGUACGGCUUAUGACACUAACCGUAAGCAACGACUGAGAAGCUCCGCCUCGGAGCGAGAUUCGGAGUACAGAUUACAGAUUAGUGCAUUACGCGUACCCUAGUCGAUAAGUGUAAAGAUUGUUGCCACCUUUGCGUAGCCUAAGUUGCAUUGUUUAGUCUUAGUUACCACUGUACAUGGUCCCCCAUACACUCUACAUCUGUAUUGUAAUUGUAUAGGCCGCAUAGACAAAUUGUUUGCCAAUAUAACUAACGAUUU